AUGUCGGAUGUGUAUUUAAAUGCUACACUCAACAUAGCAGCAACGGCUGCCAUCGACGGGAGAGAGGGCUUGUUUAACGACCGGGAUUCCUUGGCGACAGGACCUUUCCAGGUCCAUGUGGAUUGGCAAGGAAACUGGUACGGCGGGCCAAAGCGACCAUACUGCGGUUGGUAUUAUCUCGCUCUCGCCCAGGCCUUUGAUAUCGAUGUGCGUAACGCGCCGCUCAACACUCGCGGCUGGGUAUUCCAAGAACGAACCCUCUCGACCAGAAUUUUGCAUUUUUCCAAACAACAGAUAUACUGGGAGUGGCCUCGAACCAUCUGGUCAGCAGAUAAGAUUCCGAACAUCUGCCAGAAGCCUGCACCAACAUCCAUAGAGCCGUCUCGGCCUGGUAGCAUGGCUAGGAAGCUGAUGAAAAGGUCUGGUCCCGAGAGCGAGGUGAAAAAGGAAUAUAAUCAAUGGAGACGGUACGUAGCUGAUUACACCAAGUGCGCCCUGACGAAACAAAAGGACAAGCUCAUUGCCAUUGGCGGUAUUGCCUCUGCUUUGGCUCCUUGGCUAAAAGACGAGAAUAUUGCUGGCUGCUGGCGAGGCUCCAUUCUCGAAGAUCUGCUCUGGAAAAGGGCCUUUCGGACGGACACUCUUAACUCCAAUUCGCAACCUUCGGAAUACAGAGCUCCAAGCUGGUCAUGGGCGUCAGUCGAUGGAACUGUUGAGUAUGACUCAUUCAGUUCAGAAUCAUCCGAACCAAUACAACACCAUUGCAAUCUGGUAGAAGUUACGGUGCUUCGUUCAGCCUGCGGCGUGGUGAGGAGCAUCGGCGAUGAUUUUAUCAGGAUCCGGGGACCUCUAAGAGUGACCACGAUUGAAGCACUCGGAUCAUUUGAUGUAAACUCGAGACUAUGGGGUCUCACCAUAUCGUGGGACCCAUCUAGCCAUAGCUAUGCCUUGGGCCAACCCCAUCGCCAAUUCACACUCAUGACGUGUCAAGGAGCUAUUCAUGCCCAGGAGAGUGAGAUAUUUAUGCUUCCUAUUCUCAACGCACCGGAUACACUUACGGAGAUGGAUAAGAUGCAGGGGAUUCUGUUGAUUCGCGCACAAGGUGUAAACGGACAGUUUUUUCGGGUUGGGCAUUUCGAAACCGACGAUUCCAAAGUACAAAAGGCGGUACUGGAAUCAAGAGUCCCUGCUAUUGAUAAAUUUGUGGAGGCUGGUAGGGAGGAUGGAACAUGCAUUAUUAAGAUCCUUUGA